UAAAGAUGCGCACGAUCCAUGCUUCCAAAAUGGCUUGCCUGAUCUAUAUCGUCAUCUUCAUAAGUUUUUGCAGUUUUGUCUCAGGAUUCACUGAUGUCAAAGAAGUCUUGCAAAAGGGCAAGAGUAGCAGAAAAACCUGCGAAGGAGCAAAAUCUGAGAACCCUGGGAUGCAUUGCUGCGCUGGGAAGCCUUACAAUCCAAAAACAGAGACUUGCUGCAGAGAUAAAGGAGAGAAAAAAACAGUCAAAAUGAGUGAGAAGGUGUCAAAAUGCUGCGGACUCAAAGCUUACAACCCGCUCAACGAGAUGUGCUGUGACUUUACUGUCCAACCUAAACCUUUUCCCAUGGCGGAGUGCUGUGGCAAAGCGGCAUUCAACAGCAAAACUCAGCUGUGUUGUGGUGAAAACAGGAAGAUCUUGGACAGAAUUUCUCCGGACCAUCGGUGCUGUUAUGAGAAUCAGUUCAACAUCAAGACUGAGUGCUGCUGCAGCGGUCAAAUUCAACCCAAAGUGUCAGGCUGCUGUGGUAAGAACAGCACCACCAGGACAGGAAUGAAUCCCCCUGCCAGUCUUGUUCAUGAGCACCAGAGGUCACAUUUUUGUGGGUCAGAGUCUUACGAUCCAAAGACCGAACGCUGCUGCCAGAGGAAACACGGAGACAUAAACGCGCGGUGCAUCUCAGGUGCAAAACCUUCAACUACUGUUUACGACCCAAAGAUAGACAUCUGCUGUGAUGGCUGUCUGACAAAGCUGCAGCCAUGGAUGGAUCAGUGUUGUGGAGACUCGCCAUACGGUUUAGCGCAGAGAGGAGUCCUCUGCUGUGAAAACCGCCUGUACCAUAACAGAGAGGAUGGAGAGGAGUGUUCGGAGAGCGGAGUGCCUUACAAGCCCUUUGCGGAGACAGUGUGUGCUCACAAGCGGCACAACUCACCUGGAGGUCACUGCUGCGGGGAGGAACUCUACCAGCCCAACAAAACUGUUUGCUGCAAAGGACAAAGAUACGAUCGAGGAAAGCACAUUCGCUGCUGCGGCGUUCAUGCCUUCAACAUUUCGGACCCUCUAAAGAAGUGCUGCGAAGGAACUCUGCACAACUUGACUGGGGAAGAAAACAACCUGAGGUGCUGUGGAUCCGAGCUGCUGAACGCAACGAACCAGGACGUUUGCUGCACCAGUGAGGAACAGUCCUUGUUCUACCCAGCAAAGGAUGGAUUUCAGUGCUGCGGUCACCACUACUACGACUCCGCUCUGUGGUCAUGCUGCGCGGGGAAGCUCAGUCCAGUACACCAUCAGACCACCCAUACGAGACGCAACGCGAAAGAGUCCAAACUUCAACUGGUGAACAAUCUGAACAAAACACAACUUUGCAAUGAAGUGUUCAUCGGGGUUGUGGAGAGCGUGUCCCGGAGCAGCACCGUGUUCAGCAACGUGCUGAAAAUCACGGGGAAGGAGGCCACAGUGGAACCAGAUGUCUUCGUACUGGAAACACCGGAUCAGUGCAAGUUCUUCAAACUGACUGCCGGAAAGACCUACUUCUUCAACCGCGCCGACGUCUUCGCCGAUUUCAACCACGAGUCCGUCCUGCAGUCGCUGCAUUUCAUUCUGUCCAAAUGUUUUCAGUAGGUCACCACUGGCUGGUCCGGUCCUACGCAUUUACCCAACACCUUGUAGUUCUGACUUUUACUUUAAGCUCAUAUUGCCAUGUCAGAAAGUAAGUUUACUUUAACAGACUCACCACAGAGUGCCUCUUUAGAUUAAUUACCAUAGUCUGACAAAAGCUUCAGUAGUGCAAGUCAGGGUCGAUCCAAAACGUGGUAACGGUUUGGAGACAAAGAAGCUAGCUUAAACAGAGUAGGCGUUCUGAGAGAAUGUCAAAAGCUUGUUUUAAUAAGCUAAACUGCUGCCAGCUAAUGUGUUUAUUAGAAAUAUGGUUCUCCAUAUUAAAUAUAUGCUAUUUUUUCAGGGGAGGGGAUUUUAUGCCCUGAUUGGAUUUGUACCGCACUCUUGACAAUUGAAUGUUUAAAUAUUUAAAAGAUUUAUUUUAACUUACUCAGUAAAGCUAAAGAUAUUUUUAAUACAUUAUGUCAAGGGUGGUGAUUCUGUCCCAGGGCUGUCUUAUUAUCUCAGUCAUCCGACGAAAAAUUGACUCACGUCGGUUUGCAUCAAGUAAUUUUACUGUUAUUUUGGAAGCAUCUCAAACAAAUGUGAUCUUCAGGGGAAGAGAUGUUGGUGCCUUAAAUGUGUUUCACUAUUUCAUUUCUUUCUGCUGCAUAAAUGUGAACAACCAAACAAAGCUGAAAGAAAGAGAAGCUCAGUGUUUGUCUACUUUUAUCAUUAACAGAUUAACAUUUGUUUUUGUGUUGCAUGUUGACAACAAAGCUAAAUGUACUGUUGGUGCUUUUCAUUUCGUAAUAAAUGCUAAAAAAAAUAAACACUUCAUAUCAA